UGGGGAGGAGGGGGUGGCCGAGAGCCGGGAAAACCGCGUUCUGCCUCGAUUUCCUCUCUCCAGACCGGGAUUCGGCGUCCGGCCCAGGGCGCUGCUGGGGCGGGUGGGACCGGGGCGGGGGUCGUCCCCGGCUUUAAAGGUCCGCCCGCUGGCCCGGGAAUGGGGCGUGCGCCGGGAUGGGCAGGGGCACAACAAUCGCGGCGAGCCGCCCGCAGUCUCCGCGAGGGGGGCGUGUGUGCGCACGGAGUUCUCCGUGAAUAGAAACCGAAUUCUUCGCGUGUAGUGGCGGAGGCGUGCACACACGCGCUCGCUCUCGUACACACGCUGCAGCACACGCCACCCAGUGUCACCCGGCGAGGGAGGAAAGAAGGAAGGAGCUGCCUGGAAGGGAACGGCCGAGGAAACAAAUACAACCUCCUUCCAGCCGCCGCCGCCGCCCCCACCCCCCCCCCCCCCCGCCAAGCCGGGCUCCGGCCCCGCCCGCCUCCUCGGGAGACCUGGAGGCCGAGGCGGGAGAGGCAGAGGCGGGAGCGGACGCGGUGCCUCCCGGCGGGGUGGGGCGCAGCCGAGCUAGCGGCUCUGGGAGGGGGCCACGCGCGGGAUCGGCGCGCCGGGUGCGCCUGGGGCAGAGCGCUCCUGGCGUGGCCGCCGGCCGCGAGCGGUCGGUUAAUGAUUUAAUCGCCCGCUUGGGGCGGUGGAGCUGCGGUCGGCCGUCUCUGGCUCCGCCCCCUCCCUGGAGCGCCCCCAGCCGGGAGUACAAAACUGCCCCUGCCCCGGGUGCGUCCUCCACCAGCUACCCUGCGGCCCGGGCCGCCGCCGCCCUAUGAUCUCCUCCUUGGCACCCCCUAUGCCCGCCGGACUUCACAUCUGACCCCCGACCCGCCUGCCGCCUUGGGAGGCCCGCCCCCCGCCCCCCUCCCCCACCGGCAAGAUGCCCAUCCUCAAGCAGCUGGUGUCGAGCUCGGUGCACUCCAAGCGCCGCUCCCGCGUGGACCUCACGGCCGAGAUGAUCAGCGCCCCCUUGGGCGACUUCCGGCACACCAUGCACGUGGGCCGGGCGGGGGACGCCUUCGGGGACACGUCCUUCCUCAACAGCAAGGCCGGCGAGCUGGACGGCGAGUCCCUGGAGGAGCAGGCCGCCUCCUCGUCCUCCAAACGCGGCCUCCUGUCCCGGAAGUUCCGGGGCAGCAAGCGGUCGCAGUCGGUGACCAGGGGGGACCGGGAGCAGAGGGACAUGCUGGGCUCCCUGCGGGACUCGGCUCUGUUCGUCAAGAACGCCAUGUCCCUGCCGCAACUGAACGAGAAGGAGGCCGCCGAGAAGGGCUCCGGCAAGCUGCCCAAGAGCCUGUCAUCCAGCCCCGUGAAGAAGACGAGUGUCGGGGAGGGCGGCCAGGAGGAGGCGGGCGAGGGGGAGCUGGCACCCCGGCGGAACGGGGCCACCGCGCUCCACUCCCCCGACCCCCUCCUCGACGAGCAGGCCUUUGGGGACCUGACGGAGCUGCCCGUGGUGCCCAAGGCCAGCCUGGGGCUCAAGCACGCUGAGUCGGUCAUGUCGUUCCACAUUGACCUGGGCCCCUCCAUGCUGGGCGACGUCCUCAGCAUCAUGGACAAGGAGGAGUGGGACCCCGAGGAGGAGGGCGGCGGUUACCGUGACGGGGACCCCGCAGGCAGCACCCUCCGGGCUCCCCCGGCCCUGGCAUCGGCGGCCCCUCCACGGGCAAGGCAGCAAGAAGGCGCGUCGGGCCGGGACCCGCCCCAGGACGAGGGCUGGGCGGCGGCCCCCAGCCCCGGCUCGGCCCGCAGCGAGGGCAGCCACACCACGCGGGACAGCAGCUCCCUGUCCAGCUGCACCUCCGGCAUCCUGGAGGAGCGCAGCCCCGCCUCGCGGGGGCCCGACAGGGCCCGGGCCGCGCUGCCCCGGCAGCAGGACAAGGAGUUCUCCUUCAUGGACGAGGAGGAGGAGGAUGAGAUCCGGGUGUGAGGGGCACCAGGCGGGAGGGGGGCUCCGUCUCCUCCCUGCCCCCUCCCCCCCUCCAGGCCACCACCCCCUUCCCUUCCCUGUCCCCGUCCCAUCCUGUGCAAGGCAGCCAGGAGCCUGGCUUCCACCGCAGACCCUGGACGUCCCCCAUCCUGGACGUGGGGCGCUGGCGAGGCCGGGGCCCCAGUGGGGACACAGGGAGGUGGCGUGGGCACCCGGCUGCCUGGCGCACCCAGCCCUCCCGUGUGCUGCGGGCCGGACCAGGUGCUUGCGGCAGGAACCGGUUCUCCCUUCCCUCCAGCCCGGCCUCAGACGGUGACGCAUGUCAGCCAAGUCCCCGCCUCGUGGGGCAGCAGUGGCGGGUCAGUCCGGGAGCGGCGCCUGUGCCUCGGCCAAGGACGCUCGGCUCGCCUUUCCUCUCCUGGCGUUUCUGCUGUGACUGGUGGCCGUGUGGCAGGAGGAAAGGUGGUCCCACGCCCCGGCCCCCCGCUCCCGGCUCCUGCACCGUGAGCCCGGAGCCCCUUGGAGCAAAGCCGGACCGAAUGUGUGCACUAAACGCGGCCCCUUCCAGGGGGGAGAACAGGAUGGGGAACGAAAGAAAGGCUCCAGGCUUCCGGAAGUUUCUAAAAGGGGCCUUUCCAGGAUGACACUAGGAACGGGCUGGGCACUCGCUCGGCCCCUGUCGAUCUGUUUGUUCUCCUGUCCUGUUUAAAUCCUUCCAGAGCAUAUCUGGAACAGUGUUAACAGCUCUGCUACCAGAUGGAAGAUCAAAUCCUUUUAGAAAACCUUUAUACUAAGUGCUUCCAGACUUUAUUUAGAACUGUAUGGGGUGGGUGUCCGUGCGUGUGUGUCCUUCCCCUCCCCCCCACCCCA